UUUAUGCCUCGCCUCACCUUUGUCUUUUUUUAUCUUAAUGAUCAAAAACUUAGUAUAGAGGUUAUAAGUUGGGUUUAAUUUUUUUUAUCAUUUAUAAAAUAAACGGCGAUGAUUUAUCUUCUAUUCACUUUAUUAGUCUUAUCGAGAUACACAGCAGCAGGAAAUCGUAAUAAGGACGAUUAUGAUAAUCCUGGACACGUUUAUUUUGGCAACGGUUUUAAUCCUUUAGGUAAUUAUGAUGAAGAACGAGAAGGAAAGAGAUAUGAUAAUUCUCAUAGUUUUGAUGAAAAAGAUCCCCAAGAAGAUGAUAAUGAUAGCUUUUGGGACGACUUAAAUGAUUCAGAUAAUGAUGACAAAGAAGAAAAUUGGGGAAAUAAUGGAAAAGGAAAAGGAAAAGGUAGCAAAAGUAGAAAAAACAUUGAAUGCACUUAUGACACCGACACCAUUUGUUCUAUGAAAGGAAAACGAUUUAGAGGUCUUCCAGGAUGCCGAAAAUUCGUUGAUUGUUAUAAUCCCUGGAAACCGAUUUUUGAAUGCGGACCCGGUAGAAUUUUUCACCAAGGAGUUCAGUGCUGUAGAAAAAUGAAUCGUAAAUUUAAAUGUCGCUGCUAUAUAAAUAGACUCUUAACAACUACCAGCCUUAAAAUUAGUGCGUUAACUACACCCACCUCAACUACUACCAUACAAACUACAUUAACUAUUACACAACCAACUACAAUUGCAACUACACAAACAACUAUAAUUGCAACUUCACAACCAACUACAAUUAUAACUACAACUACUACACAACCAAUUACAACCACUACUACACAACCAACUACAACUACUACACAACCAAUUACAACCACUACUACACAACCAACUACAACUACUACACAACUAAUUACAACUACUACUACACAACCAACUACAACAACUACACAACCAACUACAAUUACAACUACACAACCGACUUCAAUAACUAGUACUCAACCACCUAUAAUCAAUUAUACACAACCUACUCCAACUGUCACUGAUACUAUAUUAUCUUCCUCUAUUGAUACCGUUAGAACUCGUCGGACAAAAUUUACUACAAUUAGUAUCACAAACACUACACAACUAAUAACUAGUCCUACUAGUACGACACCAACUACACAUACGAUCACUCAAACUUGGACUACAACUACAAUGUUAUCCACACAAUCAACACCAUUUUCAACAACUACUACCAGUACCACUCAACCUACAACUACCACACUAUUGACAACUCCCUUAACUGUACAAUCAUCUACUGAAGCCAGUCUUUCACCUUCACCAACAUAUAGUACCUUGAGGAGUUCUGGUCCCAGUGAAGUGACUUGCAAAGUGAGGCAUGGUAGCGAGAGGCAAGAGAGCGAGAGGCAUGGCAGGGAUAAGAAGCCUUGCUACUAAACUUUUUUUCCAUUUUUUUUUAAAAUUUAUGAGAAAUUAUACCUUACCGUGGAUCAUAUUUGUUUUAUGUAAUAGUUUUGGUCAAGUGAUUAUUAUUAUAUUUGCUUUAUUAUUUAUGUAUAAAUAGUCUUGAUAAAUUGUAUUCAAAGUUUAUCUCUAAUUAUAAUUCGCAACACCAUUAUUAUAUAUAUAAGAAAUAUAUUUAUUUAUAUUCAUAA